AUGUCGUCAGGUAUCUUCGGCGGUCUAUUCGGGACCCCUGCUCGUGAAGACAAGUCGGGUAGUUUAUUCGCCAAAGACGACCCAGUCAUCCUUGCUCAUGAUGAUGUGCGCGAUUACAACGAAGACAACAUCCUCCCUCAAAUGCCAGAAACCCUUACAAGGAUUCGACAAUGGCUACAACCAACUGGCUACGACGAUGACAGCAGCGAAUACAAGAAACACCUCUCUUUUCAUCUCGAUGGCACUGGCGACUGGCUCUUGUCCUCUCCCAGCUAUCGCACGUGGCAUGAUGGCAAUGAUGACGGCCUGCUCUGGGUCCGAGGCAUACCUGGCUCGGGAAAGUCGGUCUUCGCUGCUUCCCUGAUUUAUCGCCUAGUUCAAGAGGACGUUCCAGUGCUGUACUUUUUCUUCCGACAGACUAUCGAAUCCAAUCACGAACCAGUGGCUGCCCUUCGAGACUGGUUAGCACAAGUUCUCAAGUUCAGUCCGCCACUUCAAUUGCGAAUGAAGCGAAUUCUGGAUGAGAACCGCUCCCUGGACAGCGCCUCAAUUGACGAUUUCUGGAGUUAUCUACGAAUUGCGCUGGCUCAGCUUCCAAAGGCCUAUUGUGUAGUGGAUGCACUGGAUGAAAUGGACCAAACGGAACACACGCAGUCCUUCUUGAAGACCUUGGCUGAACUCGGUCAAUCGAGCCAUUCCAAGUUGAAAGUCGUCAUGACCAGCCGACCUAUAGCCAUCAUUGAGAAGCCGCUACGAAACGCAAAGUUCGUCAGCAUUAGACUUGAAGAGGACAAGGUUGAUAGAGAUAUCGCUGCCUAUGUCCAAGACCGGCUGUCUACAUCAUCGAUCCCAGAGGAAUACCACGUUGUUAUCCAAAGAGCAGUUCCAGGAAAUGCCAAGGGUCUUUUUCUAUACGCCAAGCUAGCGAUGGACUCCUUGCUUCGCCCUGAAGCCAGCAUUCGACAGGUUCUACAGAACCUGCCCUCCAAUCUCGAUAUCAUGUACAGUGAUAUUCUUCAAAAGCAUGCUAAAAGAUCCGGCGUGCCCCAGGAUAUUCAGAUACUGGUCAUACAAUGGGUUACUCAUGCUAGGAGACCUCUCAGAUUGCUCGAAAUCGCAGAGAUCAUCAAUACUACGCAAGGUUCCAAAACAUCGCUGAAUCUCAAAGACACCAAGGAACUUGUUCGUGCUGCAUGCGGGCCGCUUUUGGAGAUUCUCCCGAACGAGACGAUAUGCGUCGUUCAUCACUCGUUGACGGAGUUUUUGUCAGGGUCAACCACGAAUCCCAAGACAAGGGAUUUUCCCAUUCUCGAGUAUGGAGCUACUCACAAUCUUCUCGCCGCUCAAUGUCUCUCCUACCUCCUCUCGAGGUGUUUGGAUGAGGUCCAGCUUCAACCCAGGAAGCUCCCGUUUAGGCCGGCUCACGAGUGCCCUGCAGUUGUGAACCACAAGAAACGAUGGUUGGCCGCACCAUUCCUGAAGUACGCCGCACUGAACUGGUAUAAUCAUGUCAAAAAGGCAGAGUCGGCAGGUUUCGACCAAACAGAGAUCAGGCACUUUCUAAAUAGACUUCUCCAUGGAGAGAAUCUGUUGAAGUGGGUCGCUCUAGCUCAGGAAAGGAGGAAUUAUGUCGACGCAACGCCUCUCCUGACAGCUAUUGAUCUCGGUCUUGUAGACUUCACCCGAAUGCUGCUGGAAAGACCUGAGGAAACAAAUGACAUCGAUAAUGCUGAGAUACGUUCCUGGGCGUUGCCACGUGCCACACGGCUGGGCCAUGACCGGAUUGUUGAUUUGCUCCUACAACAUGGCAAGGACAUGAACACGUUCGAUGAUGAGGGAUACACUGCCCUCCAUCAUGCAUCCCGACACAACUACCUGAACAUCGUUACUAGGCUUCUUCAUGCCGGGGCAGAUCCUUUCGUGCGGGAUAUAGCACACACCAAAGUGAGCGACAGGUCAUUUGGACUUUUCGAACAGAAGGGUUCAUUAGCUUUCGACUUGGCAUGCAUGAGCGGCCAUGAGGAUGUUGCAAUCGCCCUUUCAUCAUACUUCGACACGCCUAGCAAGGCAACCGACGCAUUUCAGCGCGCAGUCCAGUCAAGAUUGUUUGUGGUCGCAGACAAGAUCCUGCAGAGUUCUCUGGUGGAUAUAAACGCAAAGAUAACUGGCUCGUUCGUCGGUACCUUACUUCACGACGCUUGUGAGAAACGCGAUCUGGAGUCCAUCAAAUGGCUCCUUGCAGCAGGCGCUGACCCGAAUGUGUUGCGAUCUACGCCUGGUUCCGAAGCCCGACCGCCGGGUGUGGGUGAAUCUGCACUACACGCGCUGGCCUCACGGAGAGUAUACGGCAUUCAUGCUGAUCCUGGUCCCAAGGUGACGGCGGAGUGCUUUGAUGCGUUGCUUCUGGCAGGAGCCAAUGUGAACCAGACGAACUCUGACCUCGAGACUCCACUGCAUUGCGCCCGCGAUUCCUCAACUGUACGUAUACUUCUCGAAGCUGGUGCAAAUCCAAACGCAAUUACGAGGCAUGGAGAGACACUGCUACAUCUCUCAAAUGACCGAGAGAUCAUACAGAUGCUUCUAGAGGAUGCCAAAGCAGACACAACACUGAAGACAUAUGCUGGCCAUACUCCUCUCCUGGAGUCAUUGAGCGACGGCGAACUUGACAAAGCCAUGCAACUGGUCGACUUCGGCGUCGACAUGCUGGCUACCAACGGAGAAGGGGAUGGAAUUUUUCACUAUCUUGUGGGAAUCAAAGCUGAUAAGGAAAAGAUUAUGCGCUUGAUUGAGGGUCUGGUGGCUUCUGGCGCCGAUAUCAACAUGCGAAACAAAAAGGGAGAAACAGCCCUGCACCAUUUUGGAUAUAGACGCAAUGGCUUUUGGGGGAGAGGAGUCUCCUUGGAUCGUGAGGGAAUUGAAGAGGAGUUCCUUUCUCGAUUUGUCCGAGCCGGUGCUCGGAUAGACUUGAGGGACAAAGAAGGCCAAACACCUUUGUACAACACAAUUGCAAAGGCGGCCCUCUCGAGUGUCCGCGGUUUGAGGGACAUCUGCGAAAAGAUGAUUUCCGUAGGUGCGGUUCUGGACACGAUCAACGCAAAAGGACAGUCUUUGCUUCACAACUAUUUAUCUCACUCUCACGGUGGAUUUGAUAUCCAAUGUUUCAGAUACUUGAUCGAAAAAGGUAUCAACCCACAUCAAGCUGACUUCAACGGUAACACACUUUGGCACGUCGUUUUGCCACGUUAUUGCCAGACUCUACACAAAAAGGCCAGUAGCAAGACCGGAAUCUUCCAGGAGAUUCUCGAUCUGGGACUCAGUAUAGAUCAACCGAACAACGCCGGCCGGACACCCCUUCACGUUGCCAGUAGCUGGAUGCCUGAAUGUUUCAAGACCUCAGCUUCCAACCCCAUGAAAACCCAACCAAUUGGAAGCAUCACCGCCUUUGACAGAGUCCUCCAGCUCCAGAAUAAAGUCAACGCUUCAGACAACGAAGGAGUUACAGCUCUUCAUUUGGCGUCCACGUUCUCUCCAUACCACACCAUGAGGCUGCUGCAAGCAGGUGCGGACCCAUGGAAGACUACGAAUGAUGGUCUGACUGCCCUGCACCUUGCAACCCUCAACAGAAAGACGAAUAUCGUGGGGAUACUGAUCGAAGCUCUCGAUAGCGUUUGCCUUAGCUCGAUGGUAAACAUGAGGAAUACUCGAGGCAGGACACCAUUGUACUAUGCCUGCGCUUCCGGUACAAUCGAGACUGUGAGGCUUCUAUUAGAAGCAGGGGCAGAAAUCGAGACGACCACAUUCGAGGGUUCUGCUUGGGAUGGCUGUGCCCAUAUUGAGGUGGCACCACCAUGCGGACCCUCGUACAUGAUUGGUUCCAUGAAUAAGUUCGAUAAGCCGGACCACGGAUAUGUUAAAGUCUUUGGACAGGGACUGCCUCAAUCUCAUUCCCAUUCUCAGUCCUCAUCGGAGCAUCUUUUUGAAAUUUUAGAGCUCCUCAUCCGCACUGCAGACUGCAAAGCUGAAACGAUUGACAAGACAAUCACGGCUGCUGCGCACAUCAAGAAGGAGUUCACCGUUGAAUGCCUCCUGCAUGCUCGAGAGUCACUUCAACUUCAACAAAAUUUCAUGUCUGAGGAAGUCGAAACAGCCAGAUUUGUUGCGGGGAUAGUGCAGCUCUGUUAUGGCGCUUCAACAGAGAGGCCACGUAUUUAUGGUCGUCUUCCAAACCCCCACGAUGUUCAUUCACACAAGCUCUGGGAUCUUAGGUUCCCGGGACUCGCAGCCCAGGAGCGGAAAAAGAUCGACUGUCUUGAGCUCAGCAACGACAAAAGAAGUAUUGUACACGAUUUAAUCUCUCGCGGCGACGCUUCAAACCUUGCCGAUCUUUUGACUUCGGAAAUCACCUCCAAGUUGGAGGAUCCCGCGUGGUGCGUGGAACAUGAGAAGGGUAGCGGAUAUAUGAUUCACCCGCUUCUCAUCACGGCUUGCUCGCGUGAACAGCCGAAUAUGGAUGUUUUGCGCGUACUGGUUGAGUCCGUCGGCGUUAAUCUUAACUCGCUCAGUCGACCAAAACCCGGAUGGCAUCUUGCAAGCCAAUCUGCUCUUCACACUGUCGUGAAAGGCGAUUUCUGGUGGCAAAUCAGUCAAGCUCUGCCUUACCUUAUCAAUAAAGGAGCCAACAUAGAAAUUCGCGAUGGAGAAGGCCGAACACCGCUAAACUAUGCCCUCAGUCACGCCGGGACAAUCAUAUUCCAGAGAAAGGCUGUUGAAACACUGAUUGAGCUCGGCGCAGAUGUCAACUCUGUCGAUGACAAAGGCAAGUCCUGUCUAGCUCGAGCAAGAGUUGAUACGGGUCUCACAAAACUCCUUCUGGACCAUGGCGCCAUCGUCACAUACUCUGCGCUCACAGCGGCCAUUGAUGACAGAGACGCCGAUGGUCUUGAGCUUCUUCUGUCAAGUGGUGCGGAUGUUAAUGAACGGGAAACCAAAGACCUAAGCAAGCCCAAGACAGAGCAUGCUAUGUGGAUGCAAUCAGUCUUCUCAACGCCGUCUUGGAAAUUGAAUCCAUUUCAGGUCGGUCACCGUGGUCGCCCGGCCAACCUACAUGGACUCCCACCCUUUGCUAUGCACCUCUUGCAUCAUGCAGCAUGGAAGCAAUGUAGUUCUGGUCUCGACGCCGAGGGUAUCUCCGCAUACGACAGGAUUGCUAGAAUUCUGAUUCAUCAUGGAGCGGAUUUAUGCACACGAUAUGAGGGUACAACAGUUGCUCACGCCGUUCUCAGCCUAGGUUGCUUCUCGUGGAUCUCUCACGAGCUCCCUCUCGAGCAUGUGGAUACACGCGAUGACUCUGGAGAGACAUUGCUCCUGUCUGCAUGUCAGUGGGAUGACCCCAUCACUGGUAAAUUCGUCAACUACAGCACGGAGAACAUCGCUGAGCUUCCUCCUGUCCAAAUCCUGGUCAAAAGGGGCGCUGAUAUUCGGGCUUAUGAUAACAAAGGUUGCAAUGUCCUCCACAAACUCUUCCCUGCUGAGGGAAAGACACUGGAGGCGGUGAGAUAUUUUCUUUCGCAGGCUCCAGAGCUUGUCAAUCAAGUAUCUGAAGAUGGCACCGCCCCUCUCCAUCUAGCAACGUCAUCGAGCGAGGUCAGACUGCUGCUUGAUGCAGGUGCAGACCCAUCCAUCCGAGAUAACCGUGGUCAAACUGCACUGUACCUUGCUGUAUCGCGUCUCAAAGAUAAUACAGAUGUCGUGGAUGCGUUAAUUGAUGCCGGCAGCGAUCCAUAUACUUCCGCAAAGGAUGGGAACACGGUGUUCCAUCUCCUUUUAGGCGGAGUCUUCAACGUCGCAGAGGAUGGAGUCGUCGUCGGCCCCAGACGUCAACUCUUGGACCGGCUUUUGGCCUUGGGCGUUGACAUAAAUCUUCCCAAUAGCAUUGGGGAGACACCUGUGUUCUCAUUCUUCCGGUCUGGUCACAUAGAUCGUUUCUCAUCAUGGGCCACGACUCAAGAAGCCAAGACGAAUGUCGGGAACCACCUGGUCUCUCAGACUGGGCCCUCCCUGUUCUCACCCCGGCCCGUACUUGAGAGCAAACCUGGCCUUUUUGGGAAUCCAGUUGGGCGAAAAGAAAAUUUCGAAGCACUCGAGAAUCCUGUUUUUGAUCUUUUGGAGAAGAAGGGGGUGGAUUUCGGCGUGGUGAAUCAUGCAAAGGAGACGCUGCUGCAUAUCGUGGCUGCUGAGAGAAACAAAUCGCACAUCCAAGAAAGGAGAUUCCAGUAUCUCAUUGGCAAGGGAUUGGAUACUUCAGCAGAGGAUAAACAACAGAGAACACCAUUAGAUGUGGCGGCUGCUUUGGGCAACAGGCAUAUCACGAACCUAUUUGAGGCGAAGCAUGGUGGGCUGCGUGAUGACGGUGCUGAAUACUCGUCAUGUCCUCAGCCUUCACCAACCGGUCCAUUUCAACUCUUCAGAUAG